AAAAAAUUAGUAACGGACUUUUCACCAUUCCUCACGUCGAGAUGCAGUUUUCCAACCAGAUCGUUCUUGUUACUGGCGCAAACCAGGGACUCGGAUACUCGGUAAUCAAGGUUGCUGGUCAGCGCUGGCCACAGAACACCUAUCUUCUCUGCAGCCGCAACCUCGAAGCAGGCAAGCAGGCUAUAGAAAAGCUCCAAAGGUCUGGAGUGAGCGCCAAGAUUGAUCUAAUCCAGCUGGACGUCACCGAUGACGACCAGAUUGCUGCGGCAGCAAAAUAUGUCGAGUCGACUUAUGGCAAGCUAGACGUUCUUGUAAACAAUGCUGGAAUACUCAGGAUUCCGCCUACUGAUAUCUCAGAUCUUAAAGGAACACGCCAGACAUACAAUGAGUUGCUGAAUAUCCACAUUGCUUCGGUAGCUGUUGUUACUAAUGCGUUCAUCCCCUUGCUCUAUGAAUCAUCAGACCCCAAAGUUAUCAACGUCAGCUCUGGUCUGGGUAGCAUGCAGAACGCUCUAACCCAAAAAAUGGGGCGCCACCCUCCCUACGGUGCCAGCAAGAUCGGAAUGAACGGGCUCACUGUUCAUCUCCAGGUUGCGCAAAACGAUCGAAUCAAGGCUGAGCAAAACGGAGACAUUCCAACGUCAGAAUAUCCCCGAAUUAGGUACUAUACUUGUGCUCCAGGCCCUCUCAAGACCGCAUUCAACGGUUUCAGAGGACCGAAGCUUCCGGACGCUGGAGCGGAGGUUAUCAUCCAUCUAAUGGGGGAUGAUGAAACCAAGUAUGAGGGUGGCACUUAUUGGGAGUAUGAAGACGGACAAAUGAGCCAAGUUCCUUGGUAGGAGUGUGCGCGAGUUGCUGUUUUUGUUCGGGACGGGCAGGGGUGUAUCUUUGAGGCCAGCUAUUUCUUUUGUACCAUUUCUGGAAUAGCAUAAUACAUCACGG